GCUAAAUAGGGGAACCGCCGCACCGUUCGCUCCCCACCGUCCACGCCGCCCGCGUCUCCUCCAAACCCGGCCGCCCACUCGCCACCGCGCCGCUCUUUAUAGCCGUCCACGCGCCCCGCAUGCACGCACGCAAGCCCUCUUCCCCCGCGCGACCCGAACAGUGCGUGAGUCUCGCCGUCGCCGCGGCCGAGAUAGAGGUAGAAGGGGAUCGCGUCGCGGCGAUCCGUCCCGCUGCGGAAUCGAUGGAGGUGAAGGUGUCCGGAUCAGGCGAGUCGGCGCGGGGGGGCGCGUCCCCGACCGCCUCCGGCUCCAAGAAGCUGCCGCCGAGCCGGCUGCAGAAGCAGGCGCCGGCGUCGCUGCAGCUGGAGCAGGGCGCCGCCGGUGCGGGGCCGGGGCCGGGAGCGGGCGCGGGCGCGGGGGCGUGGGGCGACGGGAGGGCGGCGAUCCCGCUCCUGUCGCCGCUCGUCAUGUCGCCCGCGAUGCCGGUGUGGGAGGCGGACCAGCCGGGGGCCGCCAGGAGGGAGGGAGGCGGGGAACAGGCCCAAGGGAGGAGCGGCGGGGAGCAGCAGCGCGGCGCCGCCCGGCACGGCGGCAGCGAGGAGCGCCAGGCGCACGACGCGUCCCCCAGGCCGCCCGCGCCGGAGCCUGCGGCCGGCGGGGGAUGGCUGCACCCGGCGCUUCCGGCGCCGGUUGCAGAGCCAGCGUCCCUCGCGCCCUUGUUCAAGUCGCAGUGCGCGGUGGAGGCGGGCAACGCGCAGCAAUGAAGGAAGGCGGUUGCUCGACCACCAGACGACAAGCGCUCUCAUGGCAGGAGCCGCGGCGACGUGAAGCCGGCGGCGUGAUCUCUUCCCUAGCUUUGCCUGUAUAAUGUGGUUGCAGCUCUCUGUGAAUACUUCAACCCUCUCUGGUUUCGGCGA